GUCAGACUUCCUGUCCGCAAGACCUACGCGUGCGGGGCGGACCCCUCCCCCGCCCUCCCCCCCACAAUAACUGGACGCCUGGGUCCCUCCGUGCCGCGUCCUUCCGGGCUCCCCCCAUCGGAUUAUGUCUCGGAUCGAAUCCCUCACGCGAGCGCGGAUUGACCGGAGCAAAGAGCUGGCGAUCAAGACCCGGGAAAAGGAGAAGAUGAAGGAAGCCAAGGAUGCCCGCUAUACCAACGGGCACCUCUUCACCACCAUCUCAGUUUCGGGCAUGACCAUGUGCUAUGCCUGUAACAAGAGCAUCACGGCCAAGGAAGCCCUCAUCUGCCCAACCUGCAAUGUGACUAUCCACAACCGCUGUAAAGACACCCUCGCCAACUGUACCAAGGUCAAGCAGAAGCAACAGAAAGCUGCCUUGCUGAAGAACAACACUGCCUUGCAGUCUGUCUCACUUCGCUGUAAGACAACAACCCGGGAGCGGCCUACCUCUGCUAUCUACCCCUCCGACAGCUUCCGGCAGUCCCUCCUUGGCUCCCGCCGUGGCCGCUCCUCCUUGUCUUUAUCCAAGAGUGUUUCUACCACCAACAUUGCUGGACAUUUCAAUGAUGAAUCCCCCCUGGGCCUGCGCCGGAUCCUCUCACAGUCCACAGACUCCCUCAACAUGCGGAACAGAACCCUGUCGGUGGAGUCCCUCAUUGAUGAAGAGGUGAUCUACAAUGAGCUAAUGAGUGACUUUGAGAUGGAUGAGAAGGACUUUGCGGCUGACUCCUGGAGCCUUGCUGUGGAUAGUAGCUUCCUGCAGCAGCACAAAAAGGAGGUGAUGAAGCAGCAGGAUGUCAUCUAUGAGCUAAUCCAGACGGAGCUACACCAUGUACGGACGCUGAAGAUCAUGACCCGCCUCUUCCGCACGGGGAUGCUGGAAGAGCUGCAGCUGGAGCCAGGCGUGGUCCAGGGCUUGUUCCCCUGUGUGGAUGAGCUCAGUGACAUCCACACACGCUUCCUCAGCCAGCUGAUAGAACGCCGCCGGCAAGCUCUGUGCCCUGGCAGCACCCGGAACUUUGUCAUCCAUCGCUUGGGAGACCUGCUCAUUAGUCAGUUCUCAGGCUCCAGCGCAGAGCAGAUGCGUAAGACCUACUCAGAGUUCUGCAGCCGCCACACCAAGGCCUUAAAACUCUAUAAGGAGCUGUAUGCACGAGACAAACGCUUCCAGCAGUUCAUCCGGAAGGUGACUCGCUCGGCCGUGCUGAAGCGGCAUGGGGUACAAGAGUGCAUCCUGCUGGUGACUCAACGCAUCACCAAGUACCCGGUGCUCAUCAACCGGAUCCUGCAGCAUUCCCAUGGGAUUGAGGAGGAGCGCCAGGAUCUGACGACAGCACUGGGGCUGGUGAAGGAGUUGCUGUCCAAUGUGGACCAGGAUGUGCAUGAGCUGGAGAAGGGGGCCCGCCUGCAGGAGAUCUACAACCGCAUGGAUCCCCGUGCCCAGGCCCCAGUGCCUGGCAAGGGUCCCUUUGGCCGAGAGGAGCUUCUGCGGCGCAAGCUCCUCCAUGAUGGCUGCCUGCUGUGGAAAACGGCAACCGGGCGCUUCAAAGAUGUGCUGAUGCUGCUGAUGACAGAUGUGCUAGUGUUUCUCCAAGAGAAGGACCAGAAGUACAUCUUUCCUGCCCUGGACAAGCCCUCGGUGGUCUCACUGCAGAAUCUAAUCGUCCGUGACAUCGCCAACCAGGAGAAAGGGAUGUUUCUGAUCAGCGCAGCCCCGCCUGAGAUGUAUGAGGUCCACACAGCAUCCCGUGAUGACCGGAGCACCUGGAUCCGCGUCAUUCAGCAGAGUGUGCGCGUAUGCCCAUCCAGGGAGGACUUCCCCCUGAUUGAGACAGAGGAUGAGGCUUACCUGCGGCGAAUCAAGAUGGAGCUGCAGCAGAAAGAUCGGGCAUUGGUGGAGCUGCUGCAAGAGAAGGUCGGGCUGUUUGCUGAGAUGACCCAUUUCCAGGCUGAAGAGGAUGGCAGCAGUGGGAUGCCCCUGCCCACUCUGCCCAGGGGCCUUUUCCGCUCCGAGUCCCUGGAGUCCCCUCGUGGAGAGCGACUACUGCAGGAUGCUAUCCGUGAAGUGGAAGGCCUGAAAGACCUGCUAGUGGGGCCUGGAGUAGAGCUUCUCUCGACACCCCGGGAACCAGCCCUGCCCAUGGAACCAGACAGCAGUGGUAACACGAGUCCUGGGGUCACUGCCAAUGGCGAGGCCAGAACCUUCAAUGGCUCCAUUGAGCUCUGCAGAGCUGACUCAGACUCCAGCCAGAAGGAUCGAAAUGGAAAUCAGCUGAGAUCUCCUCAGGAGGAGGUGUUACAGCGAUUGGUUAAUCUCUAUGGACUUCUGCAUGGCCUACAGGCGGCUGUGGCUCAGCAGGACACUUUGAUGGAAGCCCGGUUCCCUGAGGGCCCUGAGCGGCGGGAGAAGCUAUCCAGAGCCAACUCUCGGGAUGGGGAGGCUGGCAGAGCUGGGGCUGCUCCUGUUGCUCCUGAAAAGCAGGCCACAGAACUGGCAUUACUGCAGCGGCAACAUGCACUGCUGCAGGAGGAGCUGCGUCGCUGCCGGCGGUUAGGCGAGGAGCGGGCGACAGAGGCUGGCAGUCUAGAAGCCCGGCUCCGGGAGAGUGAGCAGGCGCGGGCUGUGCUGGAGCGGGAGGCUGAAGAGGCCCGCAGACAUCUGGCUGCCUUGGGCCAGACGGAACCACUCCCAGCUGAGGCCCCCUGGGCCCGCAGGUCUCUGGAUCCUCGGCGGCGUAGCCUUCCUGCAGGGGAUGCCCUAUACUUAAGCUUCACUCCCCCACAGCCCAGCCGAGGCCACGACCGCCUCGAUCUGCCUGUGACUAUUCGCUCCAUCCAUCGGCCCUUUGAGGACCGAGAGAGGCAGGAGCUGGGCAGUCCUGAGGAACGGCUGCAAGACAGCAGUGACCCCGACACCGGCAGCGAAGAGGAAGGUAGCAGCCGCCUGUCUCCACCCCAUAGUCCACGAGAUUUCACCCGAAUGCAGGACAUCCCAGAGGAGACAGAGAGCCGCGACGGGGAGCCUAUAGCAUCGGAGAGUUAAGGGGGCCCUUCCCCCUGCCCUGUGCCCCCAUGAAGAACAUUACGGAGGGGGCCAAACCUUGGGAACUCCAAUCUGCCAAUGGUGAGGGAGCAUUUGAAAAAACUGCUCAUUGUCCUUGCCAGCUCUUGGGAUCCUUGGAUACCUGGGGCCAUUUAGGAAGCUGGGGGAGUUAGGCCACAGUGCCCCCUGGUGGCAUCCAAAAGCAACACCACAGAUGCCAAUUUUUCAUGCCUUCCUCCCCUACUUUAGGAAAAUUUAUUUAUUUAUUAUUAGUUAUGGGGGGGGGAGGGGAGAUUUAAAGGACCAGGGACAUGGGAACCAAGCCAUAGGGAUCAGGAGGCCUUGUCCUUUAACACUACUGGGGUAUAUUUGGGCAUAACCAUGCAGCUGCUGUGUUCUAGCCCUAACAUCCCUCCCCACAAACAGCACAUAUCUAUGAGGGGAGGCUGCAGCUACAGGACGCUACUGCCCCUUUAAGAAGGGCUGUGGGCAGGGCCAUGCCCCUCCCCUGUCUCCCCUCAACCUCUUACUGCUGUUCUUUCUCUCCAUCUUCUGUGGAAACUCCAGGGAGAUAACCUGGCUUCCUAGACUUGAUGGAAUAGAGGUUGGGGUGGCCAUAAUGGUUUGCUGGGGCAGGGGUUGAGGAGAUAACCCCACAGGGACCAGAAUGUUUUGCUUUUUUUCUUUUUUGUACCAAAGCCAACUGCACGUGUUUUAUAUUUUUAAGAGAAGAUUGUAGGCAAUUAGAGGUCACAGCCUUCUAUCUCCACAUCUGAAGAACUUAAGGGGUAGGGGGAACAAUGUCUUCUCUCAUUUACAGUAAUGGGGGGGGUGCCUAUUCUUAUCUCUUCCCCAGAAAAAGAAGUUCUAGGGUGGGUUGGGAAAUCUCUACAAACCCUAACCUCACCCCUCACUUCAACAACAAUGACCUGAAACCUCAGUGUGAAUUUUGGGGGGUUUUCAACAGACCCCUAUUGCCCACCAGUCCCAGCCAUUUUUCUGCCAAUUUAAUUGUACAAAAAAAAAGGAAAAAAAAAAGACCAAGCAGGGAAAAUUAAAGACCUGGAACCCCAUGAGGUGCUGUCU